UAAAAACCAUCGCAUCGCGGUUGCGGCGCGCGCGCACCACCGGACCCGAAUCGCACUCACUCCCUCUGACGCACGGCCAGCUCAGCGUCGCGGAGCGCGCACGCUCUCCAAACCCGACAGACGGCGGAGGGGGGCCGAGUCCGGCAGCGUGGCGCGAGGCCGGGAGCUUUGAGGGGCCAUAAGGAAAUGGCGGGCGCGGCGAGGAAGAAGCUUGUUGGGCGGUACGAGGUGGGGCGGACCAUCGGGCAGGGGUCGUUCGCCAAGGUGAAGUUCGCGGUCGACGCCGACACGGGCGCCCCCGUCGCCAUGAAGGUGCUCGACAAGGCCACCAUCCUCAACCACCGGAUGCUGCAACAGAUCAAAAAGGAGAUAUCAAUAAUGAAGAUUGUAAGACAUCCCAACAUCAUCAGGCUAAACGAGGUUCUAGCUGGACAGACAAAGAUAUACAUAAUCAUGGAGCUUAUCACUGGAGGCGAGCUGUUCGAUAAAAUAGCCCGCCAAGGGAAGCUUCGUGAAAAUGAGGCUAGGAAAUACUUCCAGCAGCUUAUUGAUGCCAUUAACUAUUGCCAUAGUAAAGGUGUCUAUCAUAGAGAUCUGAAGCCUGAAAACCUGCUUCUUGAUUCACGUGGGAACUUAAAAGUUUCUGAUUUUGGACUUAGCUCGCUGUCGCAAAACGGCUUUCUUCACACGACAUGUGGCACACCGAAUUAUGUUGCUCCUGAGGUGCUUAGCGACGGUGGCUAUGAUGGAUCUGCAGCAGAUGUUUGGUCAUGUGGUGUUAUUCUUUAUGUUUUAAUGGCUGGGUACCUUCCCUUUGAAGAAAAUGAUCUCCCAACCUUGUAUGACAAGAUAACUGCAGCUCACUUUUCAUGCCCAGAUUGGUUCUCUCAAGGAGCCAAGUCAUUGAUCCAGAGAAUACUUGAUCCAAAUCCAAAAGCUCGUAUCACUAUUAAAGAGAUGAAGGCAGACACAUGGUUUAGCAAGAAUUAUGUAGGCGUUAGACAUGGUGAAGAUGAAAACGUCAGUCUGGAUGAUGUACAGGCUGCUUUUGAUAAUAUCGAGGACAAGUAUGUAUCUGAGCAAGUGACUCGUAAUGAUGGUGGUCCUCUUAUGAUGAAUGCCUUUGAGAUGAUUACCCUAUCUCAAGGUUUAAAUCUUUCAUCAUUAUUUGAUAGACAACAGGAGUAUGUCAAACGCCAAACUCGCUUCGUAUCAAGGAAACCUGCAAAGACUAUAGCAGCUACUAUUGAAGUUGUCGCUGAUUCCAUGGGUCUCAAGGUGCAUUCCCAGAAUUACAAGUUACGUCUUGAAGGAGUAUCAUCAAACAAAAUGAGCCCAUUCGCUGUUGUUCUAGAGAUAUUUGAAGUCGCUCCCGCUUUAUUUAUGGUGGAUGUUCGAAAGGUCGCUGGUGACUCUCUGGAAUACCACAGGUUCUACAAGAGCUUAUGCAGCAAACUCGAGAGCAUAAUCUGGAGACCAAUAGAGGUUUCUGCAAAAUCUGCGUUGCUGAGGACAACUACUUGCUAGUAUGGCACUACCACGGAUACCUUUGCCAAUAAGAUUUCCAAUUGCCAAGUUGGAGCUUUGCUGCUGCAUCCGGCAUCUCUUGCGAACCGCUUGCUGAUCCACACGCCCUUCAUCCAUCCCAGUUGCUUCUGCGGUGACUGUAACUGUGUGUUACCAUAGCUGAGUGACUUGAGUCAACCCUAGUAGAUCAGAUAAUGCAGUCUGCUGCAUUGCUAGUUUGACAGUAUUGUAGAUAGUUUGUGUCGAGCUAAAUAGCGAGUACGGUCCGGAUGAAGCAGGUACAUAGGCUUCACGCUAGAUCAUGGGUAUAGAUAAUAAGCUGGCUGUAAGUGUUCAUGGCAAACCUUGCAAAUGCUUGUAAGGCUGCAGCAUGAUCCGAGUUUUCUGAAGUUUUUGAUCAUUCUGCCGCCGAAAAAAAGGGGAAAGGGAGGAUGAUCUGUGAACAAGAAGCAUCUAUCUGAUGCUGGAAACAGCAUAACAUUUAGCCGGGCUCAGUUCAUUCUUUUACAAGGGUUAGGCGAAAAAGAAACAUCUGUGGCUGCAGAGGCAUGUCUCAGUCAUGACGGUAAAAAGGCCAGGGACCUCGAUUUGAUUUGAUUUGAUUUGAUUUGAUAGCAGCCUAACUGGCCGGUGCAAAUGUUGGAGUAUAAUGUCGGCCCUCUUCCAUAAUUCAGACUUUUGGGGCAACCGGCUGGUGCAUGAAUUCAAUAACAAAUGCACAUGUCUAUAUCC